AUGUACCGGGUGAAGAGCGAGGGCGAGGGCGAGGGCGAGGGCGACUGCGAGAUGCUGCUGCAGGACCAGAUGGACUCGCCGGUGGCCGACGACGUCAGCAGCGGAGGCGGGUCGCUUCACCCUCACAGGGGCGCCGGGCCGCCCCUGAAGAAAGGGCCCUGGACGUCCGCGGAGGACGCCAUCCUGGUGGACUACGUCAAGAAGCACGGCGAAGGGAACUGGAACGCGGUGCAGAAGAACACCGGGCUGUUCCGCUGCGGCAAGAGCUGCCGCCUCCGCUGGGCGAACCACCUCAGGCCCAACCUCAAGAAGGGGGCCUUCACCCCGGAGGAGGAGCGCCUCAUCAUCCAGCUCCACGCCAAGAUGGGGAACAAGUGGGCGAGGAUGGCUGCUCAUUUGCCAGGGCGUACUGACAAUGAAAUUAAGAACUACUGGAACACUCGAAUAAAGAGAUGUCAACGAGCUAGCCUUCCUAUCUAUCCUGCUAGUGUAUGCAAUCAAUCUUCAAAUGAAGAUCAGCAAGUGUCUGGUGAUUUUAACGGUGGCGAGAACAUAUCCAAUGAUCUUCUAUCUGGGAACAGCCUUUAUCUACCAGAUUUUACCAGUGACAAUUUCAUUGCUAAUCCAGAGGCUUUAUCCUAUGCACCACAGCUGUCAGCUGUUUCAAUAAGCAAUUUGCUCGGCCAAAGCUUUGCAUCAAAAAACUGUAGCUUCAUGGAUCAGGUAGACCAAGCAGGGAUGCUGAAACAAUCUAGCUGUGUGCUUCCUGCAUUGAGCGAUGCCAUUGACGGUGUACUUUCCUCAGUUGAUCAAUUUUCAAAUGACUCUGAGAAGCUCAAGCAAGCUUUAGGUUUUGAUUAUCUUAAUGAAGCCAAUGCUAGCAGCAAGAGUAUUGCACCUUUCGGGGUUGCACUUACUGGCAGCCAUGCCUUUUUAAAUGGCAACUUCUCUGCUUCUAGGCCCAUAAAUGGUCCUUUGAAGAUGGAGCUCCCUUCACUCCAAGAUACUGAAUCUGAUCCAAAUAGCUGGCUCAAGUAUACUGUGGCUCCUGCAAUGCAGCCUACUGAGUUAGUAGAUCCUUACCUGCAGUCUCCAUCAGCGACCCCUUCAGUGAAAUCUGAGUGUGCAUCACCGAGGAACAGUGGUCUUUUGGAAGAGCUGCUUCAUGAAGCUCAGGCACUAAGAUCUGGGAAGAACCAACAACCAUCGGUCCGAAGUUCAAGUUCUUCUGCUGGCACACCUUGUGAGACUACUACGGUGGUUAGCCCAGAGUUUGAUAUGGGCCAGGAAUAUUGGGAAGAACAGCCCGGUUCUUUCAUCAGUGAAUAUGCUCGUUUUAGUGGAAAUUCUUUCACCGAAUCCACUCCUCCUGUUAGUGCUGCAUCAGCUGAUUUCUUUCAGUUCUCCAAAAUUUCUCCUGCACAAAGCCCUUCAAUGGGCUCUGCUGAUGCAUCCAUUUUCAACAAUGCCAUAGCAAUGCUCCUGGGCAAUGGCAUUAAUGCCGAGUACAAACCUGUUCUUGGGCUUCUUGCUGCUUGUUUUGGGGUCAAUAUCAUGGAAGGCCUCAUUGAUUGUGAUGCUGCAUUCCUGACAGAGAUCCUUGAGGGCGUGCAGGUGCAGGUGCAGCGGCUACCAGAUGUUAUCUUCAUGCGAAUAGUCCUUUUGUCUAAUAAAGUGCAUGAAGAUAAGCCGGAUAUUAAUUUUUUUGCUUUGUAUUAG